AUGGCGGGCGCCCGCGCAACUGCGACUCACGGUGGUGGGGGACACCCCGAGCAGCCCACACGCUUUUCCGGCGCCAGCGGGCCAGACCCGCUGCCAUGCGGGGCGGCGUACCCUCGACCGCGCCCGCAGAGAGCGGCCUACCCUCGACCUGAGCGGCGUACCCUCGACCCCGCCCAUUUUGGUGCGGCGUACCCUCGACCUGCGGAGCGGCGUACCUCGACCCGCCGCCUUGCCCGCCUCCCGCCGCCUGCCCGCCGCCUGCGGCCCCCCGCCGGGGCCCCGGGCAAACCGGGCCCGGGGAGCACGCUGGGCCACCCAGAUGGCCGAAACGGCCAGUCCCCGGGGCGCGAGGAAUAA